AUGGCUUUCAAGUAUAAUUCUGUAGAGCUCGAAAAUAUUGAGAAUCGUGGAAAACUUAUCCAAUUUCUGAAUUGCAGAGUUUUUCGCAACGAUCAGAUCAAGUUCGAUCAUCUUUGGGUGAGUUUUCAUGUUUUUUAUAUUGCAUAGUUUGAAAUUUUCAAAUUUCUUGUAAAUUUCCAGGUUAGAGAUGGGCGAAUUGUCGACGAAACUGUUUUAUUUUUCGACGAAGGAAAAGAAGCCGACAUCCAAGUUGAUUGUUGUGGUCUCAUUCUCUCUCCAGGAUUUAUUGAUUUACAAUUGAAUGGUAAGUUUCACACAUAAAUUUUUGUUUUUUUCCUGUCAAAUUUUGAUAAUCAAAAAUUUCACAAUUCCUUUUCCCUUUUCAUUUUUUGCUGUGACUCAUUCCAAUUUGUCCAGCUGUGAAAAAAUCUAUCGAAAAAAAAUAACUAAACACAUAUUUAGGCGGGUUUGGAAUCGAUUUUUCCACCUACACUACAAACUAUGCAGAUGAUGUAUCAAAAGUGGCGAAGAAUUUAUUGGCACAUGGAGUCACCAGUUUUGCACCAACUAUUAUAACAAGUACAUCAGAUGUCUAUCACAAGGUUAGUUCUAGUUCUUAUAAUUUUGUUCCAAAUAGUACUUUUGCCCUUAUCUUCUUUUUUUCCAAAAAUAAUCAAUGCAUGUAUUAGAUUAUGUUAUCAAUGUGUAAAAUGCUGCUCCCUUUUGUCUUUUUUUUUCAUAGAAAAUCUCAAAAAACAGUUCAAUGACCAUUUGUCUGCGUCUCUGUCGCCAACAUAGUCUCUUUCACUUUCUGUGUUUAUUUUUCGUUUCUUUUCUCCGUUCGCCCUCAAUUUUCCUUCAUUUUCUUGUUUUUUUUUCCUUUCUUUUGUCCACUUUGGAGGUUUGAUUUUUGCUGUUGUAUUUUCAGAGCGAAAUGUACAUUGUUUCGCAAUAAUUAAAAUAUCUGGUUUAUUGAAACAAAGAUUUUUGAAUGACUUCAUUGCGAAACUGUUGACAAGAAAGAAAAUUGGUCAUAUGUUCCUUUAAAAUUCACUACAGUAUGUUCAAGUCUAUGUAAAAAACCGUAUUAAGUUUUAAAGGAACAUUUUCCUACAUUUUCAUUUUCUACCAAAAUUCUAUUCAUCCAUUCAUUAUAAAUACAAAAAAUAUGUAGACGCAGAGUGUUGAAGGGUUCGCUAUGCACUUGUUUUCGUCUCUCUGUAUUUCUCUAUUCACUCUGUUCUUUUCUCCUGUUUUUAUUCGAAUUGAUCGAAUUAUUCAUUCAUUUCUAGGUUCUUCCAUUGCUCAAGAAAUCGAAUGGUUGUGCUGAAAAUGGUGCGGGAAUUGUUGGAGCGCAUUUGGAAGGACCAUUCAUUUCGGCCGAGAAACGAGGAUGUCACCCGAAAAAUUUUGUGAUUUCGAGUUUUGGAGAGAAUGUUGAGGAGACUAUCAAGAAUGUGAGUUUACUAUUUUUAUUGUGAAAUUAUUUCAACAUUUGUUUAUCUUUAGACGUAUUCAAGUUUCGAGAACAUUGCAAUCGUAACCUUGGCUCCAGAAUUAGAAGGAUCUGACAAAGCAAUUGAAUAUCUGACAAAUCAAGAAAUCACAGUUUCAGUUGGACAUUCUUCAGCUAACUUAGAACACGGGGAAAAUGCGAUAAAUCAUGGAGCAAAAAUGAUAACUCAUUUGUUUAAUGCAAUGCAAGCUGUAAGUUUAUAUUGUGGAAUUCAAAACGAUCAAUAUUUUUGUUUUGUUUAGUAUCAUCAUAGAGAUCCAGGACUUAUUGGUUUAUUGACUUCGGAAAAUGGAAGAAAAGUGAGCUAUGGAAUUAUUUCCGAUGGAAUUCAUACACAUGAUUCAGCAUUAAGAAUUGCUCACAGGUCAGGAGAUCUAGGAAGAAUUUUAUUUAUGAAAAAAUAUUCCAGAACAAAUGCCGAUGGAAUGAUCCUUGUGACCGAUGCAAUUGCAGCACUUGGAAUGUCUGAUGGAAUUCAUAAACUUGGAUCUCAAACUAUAAAUGUGAAUGGGUUACACGCUAUUUUGCAAGGAACAAAUACAACUGCUGGAAGUGUUGCAAAUAUGCCAUUUUGUAUUCGACAUUUGAUUAAAACUACACAUUGUUCAGUUGAAUAUGCGUUGAAAUGUGCCACUGAAAAACCUGGUAACUUUUUUGAAGAACCAUUGGAGCUGGAGCUUGAUUUCCAGUUUAAAAAUGUGAUUUUUAAAUUUAAAUUUUCAGCCCAACUUAUCGGAAUUCAAAAUGAGAAAGGAGUUUUGUCAGUGGGAAAUCUUGCUGACAUCGUUUUACUCGACGAAAACAUCGAAGUUAAGGCAACAUUCUGCGCUGGACAACGAGUUUUCAAUGGCAACUUAUAA